AAAGAAGACCUCAGUCGAGCUAACUCCCAGGGACAGGGCAGUAAGAAGCAACUCGGCAGAGUUUGAUUUGAUUCUUCGUGUGUCAGAGGUUGCUGCAGAGACAAAAUGACACGGCUGACUAUUUUAGCAGGCUUGGGCCUGCUGAUGUUCCUCCAAGUUGGUUCUGCCUUCAAGCUGGUAUGCUACUUUACUAACUGGUCCCAGUAUAGACCUGGUGUUGGGAAAUACAUGCCCAACAAUGUGGACCCUCACUUGUGUACUCACCUGAUCUACGCCUUCUCCAUCCUGAACUACGCCAAUGAGCUCACCACCUACGAGUGGAACGACGAGAUUCUGUACCAGAGCUUCAACGCCCUCAAAAACAGAAACUCUCAGUUGAAGACUCUUCUGGCUGUUGGAGGUUGGAACUUUGGAACAAGACAGUUCAGUAUCAUGGUUUCCUCUCAAGUGAACCGCAACAGGUUUAUCCAGUCGUCCAUCACGUUCCUGCGGCUGCACGGCUUUGACGGGCUUGACCUGGACUGGGAAUACCCUGGGGCAAGAGGCAGCCCCCCAGAGGACAAGCAGCGUUUCAGUUUGCUGGUCAAGGAACUUCUGGCGGCAUUUGAAGACGAGUCGAAGUCAACCAAGAGACCCAGGCUCCUGCUCACAGCAGCAGUGGCUGCUGGCAAGGAAAACAUUGACAAUGGCUAUGAGAUUGCUGAGAUCUCAAAGUACCUGGACUUUAUCAGUGUCAUGACGUACGAUUUCCAUGGAGCCUGGGAACCCUUCACAGGCCACAACAGCCCCCUGUACCGUGGCUCCACUGAUCAGGGGCAGCUGAUCUACUUCAAUACUGACUAUGCUAUGAACUACUGGCAUGACCAGGGAGCUCCAGUGGAGAAGCUAAUGAUGGGAUUCGCUACGUACGGACGCACGUUCCGCCUAUCCUCUGCUCAGUCCGGUGUGGGAGCUCCUGCCAAUGGGGCUGCAUCAGCAGGACAGUACACCCGUGAGGCAGGCUUCUGGUCUUACUAUGAGAUCUGUACCUUCCUGCAAGGAACCUCCAUCCAAUGGAUCACAGACCAGAAAGUGCCCUAUGCCACCAAGGGGAAUGAGUGGGUGGGCUUUGACACUGUUGAAAGCUUUGAAACUAAGGUGCGAUAUCUGAAGGACAACAAGUUCGGAGGGGCCUUCGUGUGGGCUCUUGAUCUGGACGAUUUCAACGGACAGUUCUGCAGACAGGGCAAUUACCCUCUUAUCACCAAGCUCCGUACCCUGCUGGAUACAGAAAUACCCCCCCUGUCUCCCAUGACUACCCUUCAUCCCAACCAAUCCUCUACAGCCAAACCCACCUCUACCCCCACCACCACCGCUACCUCCACCACCACCACCACGAGUAGCAGUGGCGGCAGUGGUUUCUGUGCUGGCAAACCUGACGGCCUGUAUGCCAACAACAUGGACCCCAACUCAUUCUACAGCUGUGACCGAGGGGUGACCUACCUCCAGAGGUGCCAAACAGGGCUGGUUUUCAACGAUAGGUGCAAAUGCUGUGACUGGCCAUAAAACGUGUCAAAUUAAUCUGCAAGACAAUGCCAAAUCUGAUCAACGUGUACAUUAACACAGUGUUUGUAUCUGAUCAAAAGCAAGCACCUGAAGACACCUGUUUGUGUGUUUGUUUUUUAGCUUUUAAAAAUAAAUCUGCACGAAUCAAAAUGCCUUCUUCAUAUUAAGGCGGGUGGCGGUGCCUGA